AUUAGCAGCUGCUGCUCAGAGCCAGAUUGAGAUUCCCCCCCAGCAGAAGGAGCAGGAGAAUGAAGGACAGGCACUGCUGCUAGCAAAGCCAGGAGGAGGAGGAGGAAGCCUUGCUUGCCUCUGGGCUGGGACUCCACUUCCUGGAGGAAGCCUCCCUCCCUGAAGGGAGUUUGGCCCCAGCUUCACCUGGAGGACAGAGAAGCAGCAGCAGGAGGAGGAGCCAGAAGCUCACCUGCCCAAAAUGAAGGACCGGCUGGAGCAGCUCAAAGCGAAACAGGAUCAAGAUGAUGCUGAUGAUGACCUCGAAAUUGCCAUCGAUAACACUGCUUUCAUGGAUGAAUUCUUUGCAGAGAUUGAGGAGACUCGGCAGAAUAUUGACAAAAUCUCAGAAAAUGUAGAAGAAGCAAAAAGGUUGUACAGCAUUAUCUUGUCUGCUCCCAUCCCUGAACCAAAGACAAAGGAUGAUCUGGAACAGCUCACGGCAGAUAUCAAAAAAAUGGCAAACAGUGUCCGAAACAAACUUAAGAGUAUGGAGCGCAAUAUUGAGCAGGAUGAGGUCCGAUCAUCAGCAGACCUACGGAUAAGGAAGUCCCAGCAUUCUGUCCUUUCCCGAAAAUUUGUUGAUGUGAUGACAAAGUACAAUGAGGCACAGGUGGACUUCCGGGAACGGAGCAAAGGGAGGAUCCAGCGGCAGCUUGAGAUCACUGGAAAGAAUACAACAGAUGAGGAGCUGGAAGAAAUGUUAGAAAGUGGGAAUCCUUCAAUAUUCACAUCUGGGAUCAUGGAUUCCCAGAUCUCAAAGCAAGCACUGAGUGAGAUUGAAGGACGGCAUAAGGACAUUGUGAGGCUUGAAAGUAGCAUCAAAGAACUUCAUGACAUGUUUGUGGAUAUUGCCAUGCUGGUGGAAAAUCAGGGAGAAAUUGUAGAUAACAUAGAACUCAAUGUGAUGCACACUCUUGACCACGUAGAGAAAGCUCGUGAGGAGACCAAAAAGGCCCUGAAAUAUAAGAGUAGUGCACGCAAGGGAGCCAUGAUUGACCGCAUAGAGAACAACAUGGACCAAUCAGUCGGCUUUGUGGAAAGAGCUGUUGCUGACACCAAAAAGGCUGUAAAGUUUCAGAGUGAAGCGCGAAGGAUGUUCCCAGGCUUCUCCUGGGUUGGUAACAAGACCUCCCUUCUUGGUGUGACCUUUCCUUGCCUACCCUCCAGCCUGGCAUCUUGGAUUAAGUAUGAAUGGUUCCCUGCGAAUGAGUUCCCUUGCACCAGUGCUUCCUGUGAAAGCAGCGUACUGUUCCAGUUCACUCCUUGGAUAAAACUCUCUAGAAGGAACAUUCCAUCUACCUUGUUGAAUCCCCAAAACCCAGGGAUUGCAUAGCACUCCAAAGAGGAAUCUCCCAUCGAACCUGUUCCUUACCCAUACUUUCCUUCCUUCCCACUACACCUGGUACCUCCAAAUGAAGUGUUUCCUGUUUUUAAGUCUACAGCCUUCUGAAAUGUUCUACAGUCCAGUGGAAUGAACCUUAAAAGGAAUUGUGGAGUCAUAAGCCUACCUCACAGCCUUGUUUUCAGUGGUGCCUUUUUCUUUCUCUUUUUGAACAAUGAUGUCAAGUAAAUGCUGGACAAUGUUAAUCAUAUAAAUGUUCAAUAUUAUUGGGCAGGGGUCAAGGUCAUAAUGCCCAACCACCAUCCAAUUCUGUACUUGUGCUGGCUUUUUCCUGGCCUUUGAAGGGUAGCGUAGAUUUUUCAAAUCCUUCAUUAUUUGCAAGUGCAGCUCUUCUCAUGCUGGUAGUCCUCCAGCACAUAAACCUCACAAAGAGCUCAAAAUUGGUCAGAGCAAGGAGUGAAUACGUAAUAGAGCACAUUUUUACACAAACUUUGAAGUUAAUCAAGUCCAUCUUGGGGAGAGAGAUUAUGUUAGGACCUAAUGCAGGCAUACUCAUCUUGAAAAUAACAAAAUAUUCAGGAUCUCUUAAGUCAUAGUCACCACUGCAUAUUGCUGAAGGGAUGUAGCAUUAGCAACAAGGCCCUUCAAGUCUGAGCUGCCUGUGUUCCCUUUCUGUUUCAGCCUCAUGCAUUAAGUGGAGUUUCCAUACUUUGGGGACUUGAACUGGCCUAUGGGUGAAGGUGAAACUGUCAGUCAUCAGAUGCCCAUAGAUGAAGACACUCCCUAGGGAUAUGGGUUGUCUGUAAAUUUGAUAGUUCACUUCACCUUUUUUGAAUACAGUUCAGUUUCUGAGUGGCAUAGAAUGUAAUUUUUUCCUGAUUGAACAUUCAGUUUUGCUUGAGUGAGUAAAGGUAUGCUUGUGCAUUUUCUCUCCUCGGUUAAGUAAUUGUGUUUGUUUGCAUUUGUCGGAUGACAUAAGGAUUGUGAUGAAUCAAAGGCACUGUUUGCUUUGAAAUGUUAGUGUUUUUUUUACUGUGGGUUUCUGCUGCCUAUGAAAAGCCAUGUUGCAGGUACCACCCAUAAUUGCUGUUUGUAAUCUGGCAACUUGGUUUAUAGGACAGGGAAAAACUGGCUUGGAGAAAAACAGUGUGCUGAGUGAUAAGUGAUGACAGCUGAGAAGUGUGCCUUUCCGGUAUCUAAAUUCCAAGUAGAGAAAACCUUCCUGUUAGAUACAAGUAUUGGUGAAAGAUGGAGUAGUUUUAUCUUCUGUUAAGAGUGGAGUUCUAGCAAUUUUUAUAUUCUCAUGAUAAAAAUUCCCCUCAUGUUUUGUUUCCACAUACUGUAAUGAAUUUUAAAUUUCUUUGUAUGACUAACUUGGGUAUUAUUACUACAAUUUGUAAGUUCUUUGGCCCCCUUGCUGCUUUGCUUUCAGCUGGGCAUUGUCCUCCUCUGUACAGUUGUCACUCAUGGUAACUAGAGGGCUUGCUUCAUAUUUGUCACAUGUAAAAUUGGCUAGGAAUAUAUCAUGUGAUGUCCUCGUGUGAAGAAACGUGUUGCUUGAGCCUGGCCAUAGUAUAAGAGCAAGUUCCUGGGUUUUUUGUUUUUGUUCAGCAUCAGGGGUCCAUUCAUACUAUACAGUUAGUAUUCCACCUGUGCUGCCAUGGUUCCAUGAAAUGGAAUCUGGGGAUUUGCAGUUUAAGGAAAGUCGUUUAGAAUUCUCAGCCAGAAAAGUCUAGUGCUACAAAUCCCAGGAUUCCACAGGAUGGAGUCAUGGUAGUUAAAGUGGAAUCAUAGCACUAUAAAGGUGUUGUGUUAAGAGGGUUCAGUAAAUGUACUGCAUGGAAGAAUACCUCAGGACUUUGGUUCUGCUAGUAAUAUUUAUGUUGAUAUUUUUAGAGCAGGUGCACACAAAAGUUAUUUUAGAUUUACCCAGAUUAUAGGCUGGAAAGCAAACCUUAGUUGUUCUUGUACAUGGGAAGUAAACAGUAUUUUAAAUGCUAUUGAAGGGUUUAUUUUCUGGGAGAGAUGGCCCUCUUCUUCUCACUCAGUGGCACAUUCUGGCUGGUCCACCUACAUCUCCACACAGUACUCCAUUAGCAAUCACCUAGCAUUAAGGUUGUGGCAUCUUGAUGCUGUAGCUACUCUGACAUUUUCUCUGGUAAAGAGCAUUUGUAUCACUCUGAUCAGUGAGUGCAUGGAUGGAGCUAGGAGAGUGAUGUCUCUCAUGAUGUCAUUUUAUCUAGUCUUUGAUGUCUCAAACUUGCAGGAUGGUGGUACUUGGAACAACCAUCCGUGAGAGCCAUCUGCUAUAUGCAGAAAGCAACAAAUUAGUUUUGUCAAUGCUUUUAAAUUUUUUAAAAUGUAAAAAUAAAUGAAUUUAUUUAAACAUAAA